GAACUUUCACAGUUGGACCCAAACGGCUGGAGACGAUCCGAAUCUGCAGAAAGUUCUGAAAGAAAACACCAAACUGUAGAACAUUUCUGUGCUGCAGAUGAGUCUCUCUUUCUGAACGGGUUCGGUUCUGGCUCCGGGUCUCUGCUGGAGCGGGUCUGGAGAUUAAUGGUUCAAGCGCAGAGGAGCAGCGCGAGGAGAGUUAGUGUCCGUGGGGUGUGUGUGUGUGUGUGUGUGCGCUCCGCCCCGCCCACUCCCUCCUCCUAUAAAGCCUGGCUCUGACGGCUCAGAGGUUACUGAGCAGCAGGAAUCGGCCCGCAGCCCGCAGCUUCACGCAGCUCCUCUCUACGCCACGCAGAGCCUCGUCCCGCUCAGCGUCCCGCCAGCUGCUCUCACCUGAGCUCGUCACCUGCGCGGCCCGCCGUGCCUCACCCUGGAUUCGCGGAGCGCCUCACCAUGCAUGCCGGGCUUUAGGUUCUCCAUGGAGCUCUCCAACCUGUACGAGGCGGCGCCGCGGCCCCUGAUGAGCAGCCUGACCCACGGCCAGCAGCCCCCCUCCGGUUACAGAGACCCGGCGGACCUCGGCGGGGACAUCGGAGACAACGAGACCUCCAUCGACCUGAGCGCCUACAUCGACCCGUCGGCGUUCAACGACGACUUCCUGGCCGACCUGUUCCACCACGGCGCGCGGCAGGACAAGCUGAAGAUGAUGAGCGGGGACUUCGACUCCGCGGCCCCGCAGCAGCUCUACAUGUCCGGCUACAUGGACUCCAAGAUGGAGCCCUUCUACGAGCACAACCCGCCGCGCAUCCGCCCGGUGGCCAUCAAGCAGGAGCCGCGGGACGACGAGGACCUGAACCUCAGCCUGCCGCCCUCCUACCACCACCCGCACCCCCACCCGCACUCCCAGUACUCCCAGCACCACCACAACCACCACCAGCAGCAGCAGCAGCAGCAACAGAUGCCGCACCUGCAGUAUCAGGUCGCGCACUGCGCGCAGACCACCAUGCACCUCCAGCCGGGACACCCGACCCCGCCGCCGACCCCUGUGCCCAGUCCGCACCACCCGCAGCAGCACCCGCAACAGGGCGGCCUGAAGCUGCUAGAGCACCAGCGGGGGGGCUCCAGGUCCAAGAAGCACGUCGACAAGAGCAGCCCGGAGUACCGGCUGCGGCGCGAGCGCAACAACGUGGCGGUGCGCAAGAGCCGCGACAAGGCGAAGAUGCGCAACCUGGAGACGCAGCAGAAGGUGGUGGAGCUGUCGACCGACAACGAGCGGCUGCGGCGCCGCGUGGAGCAUCUGACCCGGGAGCUGGACACGCUGCGGGGCAUCUUCCGGCAGCUGCCCGACGGAUCCUUCAAGCCGCUGGGCAGCUGAGGAGGCGCGGGCCUGGAACUGGACCCGAACUGGACCGGAACCCGACGGAUUACCUGGCAGCUGAGCUUCACCGGGACAUCCGCAACAUCUGGGCCGGUUCUCCUCCAGCAGCUACCAAACGAACCAAAGCGCACAAACUGAGCAGACUGGAAGCAGCUUUGGUUCGAUUCCGGACGUGUUUCUCACCGAACCGGACCCAGAACCUGUUACUGGACCACCAUCCCACUGCCUGAGCUGGACCGAACCGGACUCAUCCUGGCGGUUCCGCCCGCCAUUUGUGCCUUUCUCACGGUUUAAAACUGAACCUGCAGCUCUGCUCCUUCUGUGCCUUAUCCCUCCAGAACCGAACCGAACUCGGUCCAGGUUGACCAUCUCCAUGCAGUCAGCUGCACCAGAACUGUAAGGAGGCUGGUUCUGGCUCCUCCGAACCCCCUCAGACUGGACCCGAACCUGCGCUCUCAUGCACCUUGUCCCAGACAUGACGGUACUGACCCGGUACCGAUCUGGACUGAACAGAACGUUCUGCUCUAACUGUGAACUGGGCGGCUCUUCCUCUCCUCCAGUGAGUCAUCCUCACUCAGUGCCUUCCGAUCGUGACCUUUGACCCGCUCCGUCCGGUCGGAACCGAGGAAGCAGCACUUUGUUCGAACCUUUCUGACCCAAAUGUAAAAUAAUUCUCUAUAUAAAUAAAUAUAUGAAUGAAUAUGAAAUACCAAAAACCUGCAGCAUUGUAAUAAAGCAGCUUGUUUCAUCUCA